AUGACGCGGGGUACAUGGACACAUUUCCUUGAACAUGUCCACAUUUCAAGCAGUGUUGUAAACAGUAAGAGUCUUUUUACUUUGUACAGUAACAACAAAUUCUGCUCGACUAACGGACCGAAAUUCGUGGACACGAUUGAACGCGACACCGUAGUCACUCUGUCCACCGGAUCGGCAUUUGGCUCUCCGGGAUUCAGCUGCACUGCCACGGCGCGCAGAACCCUGUGUCAGGACCCUAUCAACAGAGAUCCAAAUGAGAUAUGGUUGAUAAACGGCCAAGAAGAAUCUUUCACUUCCCCGGGUUACCCGUCGUCUAACUACGGCAGUGGAGACAGCAAGGAAUGGAGGUUCUGUGCGGUCGACAGCAUUGACAGGAUCGAGGUGUCCUGUGAUUCCUUCCAAGUCGGAGCGUCUUUAUUCGGCUGUCUGGAUGACACCCUUACCAUCUCCAACGUCGAGUCGGAAAACGAAUACUGCGGGAUCGCUGGGCCCCAGGCCGUGAAGACGAAUGAGAGAGGAACCAGCGUCAAGUUAGACGUUUCAACUGGAAGUUUCUACGAUGGAUUCAGCUGCACCGCCAAAGCUGUAAGAGCUGAGAUAUGCAUGGACCCUCUCAAACCAGCUGCGAACGAGGUGUGGUUGUUGACCGGUAUUAGCAGCAUCUUCACUUCUCCAAACUAUCCUGCGAACUACGGGGACGGAGAUAGCAAAAACUGGAUAUUCUGCGCCAUUCAGGAAACCGAUAGGAUAUCAAUAAGUUGCAGCGACUUCACAGUUGGAGGAAAGUUCAUUGUUUGUCUUGAUGACACGAUGACCAUCUCCAACGCCGACUCAGGAGUGGGUGGAAGUAAAUAUGACCCGAUUAGCGAUAAUCCAUUCUGUGGGACCGACGGACCUGACUCCGUGGUGACAACUCAGCGAGGAACAACUGUCAGCUUGUCCGUCUCACCUGCAUUCCACUACAAAGGAUUCAGCUGCACCGCCACGGCUGUCAAUGGGGCUUCGACCUUGAACCUCCUGGCCAGACCUGAUUCAGCUCUUGUUCCUGUAAGAACGGGAUCCGGGCCAGAGAGUGGGUUGUCUCACCUCAACGAUCAGCACGCUCUUCUAAAUAUUGACUGCAGCCACCACAACUACGGCACCACUAGCAACCACAACUACUACACCACCAGCCACUACAACUACGGCACCACCAGUCACCACAACUGCACUACCAGCCACCACAACUACUCCACUACAACUACUGCACCACUAGCUACUACAACUAUGGCACCACCAGCCACCACAACUACGGUACCACUAGCCACCACAACUACUGCACCACCAGCCACCACAACUACGGCACCAUCAGUCACCGCAACUGCACUACCAGCCACCACAACUACUGCACCACCAGCCACCACGACUACGCCACUACAACUACGGCACCACCAGCCACUACAACUACUCCACCACAACUACGGCACCACCAGCCACUACAACUACGGCACCACUAGCCACCACAACUAUGGCACCACCAGCCACCACAACUACCGCACCACCAGCCACUACAACUACUGCAGCACCACCACCACAACUACUGCACCACACCAGCCACCACCAACUGCACCACCAUCCACUACAACUACUGCAACCCCAGCCACCACAACCUACCGCACCACCAGGCCACCACAACUACUGCACUCACCAGCCACCACAACUACUGCAGCCACCAGCCACCACCACAACUGCGCCACCAGCCACCACCAACCUGCCACCACAACUACGGCACCAUCAGCCACCACAACUACCGCACCACCAGCCACCACAACUACAACAACCGCACCACCAGCCACCACAACUGCACCACCAGCCACCGCACCAUCAGCCACUACAACUACUGUACCACCAGCCACAACUACCGCACCACCAGCCACUACAACUACUGCACCACCAGCCACCACAACUACCGCACCACCAGCCACUACAACAACCGCACCACCAGCCACUACAACUACUGCACCACUAGCCACUACACAUACUGCACCACCAGCCACAACUACUGCACCACCAACCACAACUACUGCACCCCCAGCCACCACAACUGCACCACCAGCCACAACUACCGCACUACCAGCCACCACAACAACCGCACCACUAGCCACAACUACCGCACCACCAGCCACCACCACAACUGCGCCACCAGCCACCACAACUACCGCACCACCAGCCACUACAACUACCGCACCACCAGCCACUACAACUACAGCACCACAAGUCACCACAACUACCGCACCACCAGCAACUACAACAACCGCACUACCAACCACUACAACUACCGCACCACCAGCCACUACAACAACUGCACCACCAGCCACCACAACUACGGCACCACCAGCCACCACAACUGCACCACCAGCCACCACAACUGCACCACCAGCCACCACAACUACUGCACCACCAGCCACCACAACUACUGCACCACCAGCCACCACAACUACGGCACCACCAGCCACCACAACUGCACCACCAGUCACCACAACUACUGCACCAUCAGCCACUACAACAACCGCACCACCAGCCACCACAACUACUGCACCACCAGCCACCACAACUACCGCACCACCAGCCACCACAACUGCACCACCAGUCACCACAACUGCACCACCAGCCACCACAACUACGGCAUCACCAGCCACAACAACUACGGCCCCACCAGCCACCACAACUGCACCACAAGCCACCACAACUACGGCACCACCAGCCACCACAACUGCACCACCAGCCACCACAACUGCACCACCAGCCACCACAACUGCACCACCAGCCACCACAACUACGGCACCACCAGCCACUACAACAACCGCACCACCAGCCACCACAACUACCGCACCACUAGCCACCACAACUACUGCACCACCAGCCACCACAACUACGGAACCACCAGCCACCACAACUGCACCACCAGUCACCACAACUACUGCACCAUCAGCCACUACAACAACCACACCACCAGCCACCACA